UUGUUAGAUUGCACUGAUUUGUCCAAACCACAAAAUGACAUCAACUGUGGGCAGUGUUUUUCAUCUAGCUUUUGUAUAAAGAGCUGCUUAAACAAAAACAUAAAUAUAGGCUUAACAGCUGCAAGCAGAACCCAGAUUUCGCAAGUGUUUGCAGGCUUGCGAAGGAGGAGAGAAAGAUCAGAAUUUGUAUUCCAAUCUAUCUUACUGAGAAAGAUAGCUACACUGGUGAAAAUCUGACCCAUUGCAAGAGGUUUUUUUUGGCCACAUUUGAAGAUAACAUAUCUCCAGAGGGACGCAGAACCUAUCACAGCAUUGUAUUCUAAACAUGACUUCAAAUGGAAUUCAAACACUAUUGCUCUUCGUGUUGAUGUGUGGAGUGUCUGCAGGUCCUCUGGAAAGAAAUGACUGUGUACUUGCACCAGUGGACAAAUCGCAUCCAGUUAAGACAUUGCUGGAGAGCUUUACUGUGUUAUCAGGCUGCGCAAGUGGAGGAACAACAGGGCUUCCUCAAGAGGUGCACAUUAUCAAUUUAAAAAGCACUGGAAAAGAGCCCAGUCAACACGGCAAAGGCAAAAAUGUUGGAGUUCAUGCCGACCGUAAAGAUGAGGUGACACUGAAUUUAAGACCCAUUUUCUCCAUUGACGUCCAUCAAAAGCCUUUGGUAUUUGUGCUGAAUUCCCCAAGACCUGUGGUUUGGAUUAUAAAGGCAAAGCAAUUGGCACCAGGAGUACAACGUUUGUUCCAUGUGUCUACGAAUUCUACAGUUCAGUUUCCAUCAGCAAACUUUACCUCAUCAAAAUCAUUGGAAGAGCAUUCACUGCCUCAAGGUAGUAAACACUUACUGCAGUGGACCCAGAGAAAAUAUGGGUCCGUAACAUCUUUUACUGAACUGAAUAAGGUGAAUAAUAUUUACAUCAAAGUGGGUGAAGAUCCUGCAUUGUCACCGACGUGCAUAAUAAAGAAAAACUUUCUGUCUCAGAAUUAUCUGGGAGCCUAUUUAAAAAUGCAACCUGCACAGGGUUGUACAACUUCAUACCCAGCCGAAGAAAAAGAGGUUCAUGUUAUUGAACUUGAAUCCCCAAGUUCUAGUACUUACAGGAUUUUCAAAGUGGACAUUGUUGUCGACAUACGACCAAUGCAUGCAGACACCGUGCUCUCCAGAAAUAUUUUGCUGAUCCUCAAAUGUGAGAAAGCAGUCAAUUGGGUAAUUCAGUCCCAUGGUGUCAGUGGAAAGCUCGAAGUAAUUAUCUCUGACAGGGACAGUAUUAAAUUUAGUCGAGAGACAGAAGCAUCCAUGGCUGUGGUGAAGAAAACCUCAUCUAAUCUGACGACCGCCAAGCUUGACCUUAUGCGUUGGGUUCGAGAACGAGGUCACAGCACGAUCACUUCAUAUACAAAGGCCUCGGUUGCCAACCACAUUCAUUUAAGGCUUCAGGAAACUGUUGAAGAAGAGGAGGUUGAGUCCUUCCUGCCACCAGAGCUGACUAUUCUGAGGGAGCCUUUGCAAUCGUCAGAUCAGGCCUUGCCUGGGCAUAGAAAAGCUCUUCGGUUUCCAUUUCACUUUGACCAAGAAGAAUAUGACGGGGUGGACACCGCUCACAAGUUGCCACAGCGAUCACAAGAUAGUACAUUUGAAAGGCUAAUGAGAAGUGGAUUACCUGAACCAGAAAUUCAAACUAUUGAUAAUGUGGCCCUAUCUGUUCAAUGCAAAGAUGAAAAAAUGAUCGCUGUAAUUGAAAAGAGCAGCUUGCAGAUUGACACAUCUACAGUUAUGGAGAUUACUCUACUGGAUCCAAAAUGCAAAGCAAAAGUAAAUGCCACGCAUUAUAUUUUGGAAUCUUCACUCACUGGCUGUGAGACGACUAUGUACCCAUCCAUGGAUGGUUCCACUGUCUAUUUGAAUUCGAUUGUGAUGCAGUUGGAGUAUGCCAUUGAAGAAAGCGGAUGGUAUAGUGAUAAUGAAGAAUCUGGAGACAAUGGCUUUCCUGGAGAUGGUGAUGACCUAGUUGGAAGCAGACCCAGAACUAUUCUGUUUAACUGUACAUACUCAUCAGCGAGCAAGAAAUCAAAAGUGCCUCGACGCCGUAAUUUCCCUUCAAUGAACCAAGUCAACAACGCGACUUUGAACAUGGAGCUGUACAGCACAGAUUUGUUCCGCGCACCCACACAGGGAGUGCACACUGUUUCGGAAAAUGCCCCAUUAUUUGUUGAGGUCUCUAUUACGAAAUCUGACCCAGAUAUCAGUUUUGUCAUCCAAACAUGUUACAUUUCUCCAUCGUCGGACCCUGCUGCCCAUUCAAACUAUGCCAUUAUUGAAAACAUUUGUCCAAGAGAAGACUCGGUGGCCUUCUACAGUUCCCAGAAGCUUGAUUUCCUCAUACCGCACGCAGAGAUGGAGAAAAAGAGAUUCAGCUUUAUCUUUAAGCCAGUCUACAACAUGUCCUUGGUUUUCCUUCAUUGUGAAAUUAUGUUAUGCAGUAAAAAGGAUGGUGAAAGCCAAGGGUUUCCUAAUCUCCCCAAGUGUAUUCCACCUGAUGAAGCUUGUAUAAGUGUGAAUUUUCAAAUAAUAAUGGCUAUGGCAAGGAACAGGCAAUCAUUUACAAAGCCACUGGCCGUCAUUUCUGGAAAAGUUGCUCCAACCAUCGCACAAGUGAAAAUGGACACCCAGAUUAUUGCCGAGAAACCAAGGCCUUAUAUAAUUUAUGGUCUGGAUACUCCCACAGUUGUGGGAAUUGCAUUUGCAGCCUUUGUGAUUGGUGCCCUUCUGACAGGAGCUUUGUGGUACAUUUACUCCCGCACAGGUGAAACAGGUGGAAGGCAGCAGGUCCCCACAUCUCCUCCGGCGUCAGAAAACAGCAGCGCCGCUCAUAGCAUUGGAAGCACACAGAGCACUCCCUGUUCGAGCAGCAGCACGCCCUAACCCUGAGGGAAAUAGCUACAAGGAAAUGAAGUGUAAAGGCAAAUUCAAAGUGGCUAAGUGUUGGUUAGUAUCCCGAGGAUAAAAGGAAGAUCUUCAGUUGCCUCUUGAAAGCUGACAUAUACUUUCAAGACAAAAAAUAUCAUCUUAAGUUGCUGUAUACUUUAGGCAAACUGACUUCUCUCAAGCGCAUAAUGCUAUAUGUGAUGAAACUACUAAUUACCCUGAAUAGGAACUUGCUAACAAUUUAUAUGUUCCUUAUGUGAAAUUUGUACCAGAUAUUUUUCAAUGCUGCUUAAUGUCUAGAAUGCGGCCUUUUAAUUAUUAUAUUGACUUAAUUGUGAACACCAGCAACUUUCUGAACGCCGAAAGAAAACACCAUGUUCUGAUUAACCAAAGAUAACAACUAAACGUUCAGUCUUUCCAAGUCACAUGUACAUCAAAUUUGUAUCAGUUAGACCGGUUGUAAAAUAUCGUAAAAUACCUGUACCAAAAAACAGCUCUAAGCCAUCUUUCUCCACAUAAGCUGUUAUCAAUGUUAUCAUUUUUUUUAAAGAACAUUUACAUCUUAGUUAAGAAAUCAGUGUUUUAAGCUAAGUGAUCUAAAAUUGAAAAUAUAGACCAAAGCAGAGGUUUCUGCUGUUUUUCUCAAAUUAUCUGGACAGGUGGUUUUUGAAGAUUUUAAUUGGUUAGUUGUCCAAGUGUCUUGAAAGCAGCUGAUGUUGCUUUUAGACACACAUGGGGCUAUAAAGCACACUCUGAAUUCCUCUUUUUUUACUUUUUUAUAUUUUUAAAGCAUUUGUUCAUCAGUGAGAUGAUACAAGUCGUCCCACACCAUGAAUGUUAUAUUUUCUGCAACUCGGCAGACUGUGUUCCUCACGGUACUGACUAUUGCAAACUGUACAGUUGAAUGUAUUUUGUCAUGAAUUAAUAAUGUAUUCCUUGUAUAUAAACAUUUAUAGAACUCUCCAGAGCAGAGUACAGAGUAUUUUAGUAACAUAUAGGCUAUAUUUUUUAUUGUAUUCUGGAUUUCCGUGUAAGUGUUCUAAGGGUAGAUUUGGUCGUCGAAUGCUGACAAUGGGGAGCUGGGCUCAAGCAAGUUCAGGUGAAGCAAACUGCACGAGGGUAUGGAUGUUGUAGGUAAUGCCGGCAUUUAGUGACGGUCCCUGGUCGAGGAGGCAGUCCAGACACAACUGCAUUGGGUUGACUGGAUUAAAGAUAUCACACUUCUUUCUUUGAAUGACAUUUGUGUUAUCUAUUAUCUGCCUCGCACUCCCCUUGAAACUAACUUUCCUGGUAUAAUUGCAAGAUUACUGAAUUUACCCUUUGUUGUUAAAAUUAUAAAAAUGAAAUUCAAUUAUACAAAUAUGUAUUAAUUUUGCUAACUGUGAAUUAUUGUAUAUGGAUCUAAUGAGCAAUUGUUGGAUUUUAUAAUAGAUUUCUGCUAUUUUGCUUUUUAUUAAUUUCUUUCAGAAUAUCUGUUUGGGCAAUAGAAGUUCAUUUGUUUAAUCAGAAUCAAUACUAAUUAAAGUAAUUGGAAUCACUUUUACAUUUUAUUAAGAUUCUAAGAUUGAGACGAUUAUUGCCAGCUGAAGAUAUUGUAUAAAAUCUGUACACUUUUCUAAAGCUGGUAAUUCAGUUUGACGUACAUAUGGCUGCAAAAUUAAUAUUUUUUUUAAAGAUAAUUGUACAAUUAAUGAAAUUAAAUGUGCAUUCAGUAACUUGUCCCUGUCAUAAUACAGUGACAACAAACAAAUGAUAAGGUGACCAAUCUAAAUCAUUAAGGCAGUUGUUGGUAUUAAACAGUUAGUUAUUAUUCAUAUUCAAAAUCAAAAAUGCUGGAAAUACUCUGGCAUCUUCUGUAAAAAGAGAAACAGAGCAAAUGUUUCAGAUUGAAGAACAUUGACUUUGUUUCUCUUUCCACAGUUGCUGCCUGACCUGCUGAGUAUUCCCAGCUUUUUCUGUUCGUAUUUCAGAUUCACAGCUUCUGCAGUUAUUUUUAUGAUUUUUCAAAUACUUUUUAUGCCCUUAUUCAGAACAUUUCUGAGAAGUGGUUAUGAAUGGAUCUAAUGAGCAAUUUAGCACUUUAAUUUUCUUCUUUCAACAAACCAGCUGAUCAAAUGUCUCAAUUUACUUUUUUUGUUUGAAAAUGUUGCAUUUAAACCACAUCAGCUGAUCAAAGAAAGGAUGUAAAGCUGUGGUUCCAAACCAUGGGUGCACGACCCUCGGGGUUCUGUGAGGUUGUAAUAAUACCCAGCUUAGUAGUUGGAAAGUUCCCAAAAAAAGAAGUUAAAAUAUACUCUGCAUGCCAACUGCCCUAGCCCUGGGAUUGUGAACUGUGCCUGGAAUAGCCUAACUUCUUAAAGGGUGCCGUAUGAGACAUUUGGUGUGUGUGUGUGUGUCCGUGAAGAAGGAAGGUCAUUUUAGAUUAUGAACAUGGGACUUUAGCUGAAAAGGGUUGGGAACCACUGAUGUAAAGUAUAGAACAACAUCAUCCAUUACUAUUUUGCUAUACAAAAUAGAGUUGCCUCUAGCAGAGCCUACUGACUAUUUUGUAAAAUUACAGGUUUUCGGAAGGCUUGUUGUUAGGUGGUGAUUAAAGUUAGCAUCUUUCAGUGCUGUCAUUGCAAUACUAUUUCGCUUUCUCAUUUUUUGUUUCCAAAGUGAUUGGGGAAAAUACCCUACAGGAAUGUUUCUCUUACGUUUCACAAUAUAAGUUGAAAAGAUUUAGGAGUUUGGCUCACUGCCUGAAAAUAAAUGACUUUAUGCCUUCCACUUUGCUUCAAACUGCAUGUUAAUCUGCUUUUAAGUUGUAUGUGAAAUCUUUUGUGUAUUGCAAUUGAAUACAGAUAGAAAAAUACAUUUGGGCCUAACGUAAUGAUGCAUAAAAAGAGAUCAAUGAAUGUAAUAUCCUACUUCUUUUUGGCCUUUUCUUUUUCACUUUGACUCAAGGAUACUAUUGAUUCUGGUGUUUGGGAGGGGUUUACUAAAACAAUCGGGAGCAAUCAGAUUGCUUUAAACAUUAUAGUAGGUUCACUCUAAUGAUUUAACGUGGACCCUGGCAGCUGUACACCUAGAAAUUUCAGAUGGUAUGUACCUUUUGCAUACUUUGGAAGUUUGUAUAAUAUUACUGUUGGAGAAACAAUUCAUCGAAGAUUGUAAAUUUUCUUUUCUUAACACUUCAUUUUUUUCUUUGCCUUUAAAAUAUAUCUACCUCACUGUUUUACUAAAGGAACAAAGCCUCUCCUGCUGGUUGUACUAUAUGACUUUUGUAAGUAUUAGCAGGUGGUAUCUGUGCCUACUUAAUAGGGCUGUGUUCUGUUCCUAUCUAUUUUGCAUAUGCUGUUAAAAAGGGAUUUAUUGUGAAAGUUUAAAAAAAAAUGUUGAUCUUUUGUCAUACUAUAUAAUUAUGUCAAAUAAAGGUGUAUAUCAAUUAA